CUUAACCUAAAAAUGAAUGUCACUUGUUAUGUGUGUCGUUUUUGUCACUUCAAAAUUGUGUUGUUUACAAAUAAAUUAAUUCCAAUUGUUAAAUUUUAUUCUACCAAUAAUAAUAAUAAUUAUUUUUUUUAAAUACACAUAGUGAUAAAAAUGAAGCCAAGUAAAACCACUUUAACAGGAACUCAUUGGGGUGAAUUGCCUGUUCGUGAACUUCAUAAUCAAGAAGUAAUAACUCCCGAUAUUAUUGAAAAUAUUUGGCGGCAAGUUUUAGAAGCAAACGCUGACAAUUCAGUUGACAAUAAAGAGGAAAAAGAUUAUGUUCUUAUGCCAUUGGGAAAUAUUCAUGUAUUAAAUACAAUUAAUUAUCAUCAACAAAUGAGGUCAAUGGACGAUGGUGAAAUUUUAAAAAAUAUAACAUGUAUCGAAGAUGAAUCACCUCCAAUGGAAUCAAAAAAUCUUUUUGGAUUUUUAAAUCCUCGACCAAGAAGGUGUUUUGUGAAUAAUUUCAAAAAAAAUUAUCCAACAAUAGAGCUGAGACCGGAAACUGCUCGUAGUUUAUUGAAGCAUUCGGUUAUUGUUCUAUUGGCUCAUAUUGGUUAUGCAAAAUCAUCAGACGUUGCUGUUGAAACACUAACUGAUGUUGCUGAUUAUUUUCUCACGAGAAUAUGUCGCCUAUUGAAACUUGCCUCUGAACAAGACGAUUAUGGAUUUCCGGAUGCAAUGGAGAGAGUACUCGUUGAAUCGGGAAUUGGUGGUGUCGAAGGAAUACACAGUUAUUAUCAAAAUACAAUUUUAGGCUUCGAGCAACAUGUUAAGAAAAAAGUUGAACGAGCUAUGGAGAAACAAAUAUCGGAACUUAAUGCUAACAAUACAAAAAUGGAAUUAGAUGAAAUUGCAAGUAGAUUUCAAUUUCAAGAAUUGGAUGAAUUUGGUAAUAUUAGCGAUCGGGAAGUGCCAACGCUUCAACUUCUUGAUCCUGACAUGGGAUUUCCUCCAAGUCUCGAUGCAGGAUUUCAAAUGCUGCACAGUCUCGAGCAAGACGAGUUAAAUAGUUUGGAAAUUGAAGACGAAGAAGUGAGUGUCAGUGACUCUCCAGCGUCUCAUCGACGUCCCGAUUUCAUUGCUGAGAAAAGGAAGUCUUAAUUAUAUAAGAAAUAAAUUUACAAAAAAAUUUUUUUUAAAUACAAUUUUUAAAUUAUAUAUAUAUAUAUAUUUUAUAAUUGUCACGUUCUUUUUUUUUACGGAUUUUUUUUUUUUAAAGAAAAAUUGAUUUCAAGACUACUUGUACAUAUAUUUAUAUUUUUAAAAUACAUAAUAAUAAGAAA